GCGGGCCCGUGCGCCUACAGUGCCGCUGCCGGCUCACCUCUCCAGUGCUUUGCAUCACCCCUGCACAGCCAAUCUUCCCAGUUGCUCUCACGACGUUCAAGUUACUAUGCAAACAUAAACAACACUGAGCAUCACAAGCUCACGGCCGCCCUGGCCACUGUUCCCUCCCCUCCUCUGGCUGUACUAACGAAUCUAGUGAAUCUGCGCGAGGCUCAGCCUCUCUUCGGCAACCUGCGACCGUCUUUGAAAACUGAAUAGACACAUCCAUACUGUUUCAUCGCCGACCGGUUACUGUUCAAUCCCCCACAGAUCGUUUCUCCGUGUCCUCUGGGCUCACAAUUCCUCAGAAUGUCGAGCUUGGCCAGGGCGACCACGCCCGUGAAGCAAGUUACGGCGGCCACAGCUACCGACAGCCCAGGCACGUGGAGGCACCCUCGACUUGACGAAAUCACCAGACGUCGCGAUGCUACCAACUUCUCCGAGAAGAACGUGCGGCGGAUUGCCUACAACAUUGUCGCCUUGCUGGCUAUGUGGUCCCUUCAGUUGCUAGCCAAGUUCAAGCUAGACGCGCAAAUGUUGCCCAAGCCACUCCGACUGUACCUCGGAUGGGCCUGGUUUCUCGCCCAGCUCCUCCCCUUCAUCCAGAUUGGCAUGGCAUGUCUGCCGCUCAUUCGGCCGAAAGACGAGCUCUCCGAUAUCCCGUUGACGGCUACCCAGCGAAAAUUGCUGGGACUCGAUCCGUCGGUGGUCGCACCUACGCCCGAGGCAAAAUUCAGCACACCUCCGCGAUAUUCACGAACACCAUCCAUUGCGGGCUCAGUGGGAAGUAGAGCUAGCUAUCCUGGCUCUCCUCUGGAUGGUCGAGGAGGCGACAUCACCAAACCUCUUCCCCCGAGCUUUGCUGGCGCGCUCUCCCAAUUCUCCCCCAUUGGGAACCCUCUCCUCCAGAGCGUCAACGGUAUGAACAAUAGGAGGACAUCUUUUGGAUCGCCGGGCUCCUUUGGCGCGAGCACCUCGUCCAACAUCUUCUCUGACCCUACCUCACCAAGCCCAGCGGGAGGCAAGAGGACGAGCAUUGGACUUAAUAAUAAAUGGCUAUACGAGAAGGGAAGAAGGCCAUCGGGUAGCACUUGGGCUCACUGAUACGUAAGGAAUAAACAUGCCAGGGGAUUUUUUUUUUUUUUUUAUAAACCUGGAAACUUUUUCAAGGGAAACUUGGUAUUUCGUAGCUCGAGGCUGGAGUAUAAAACCAGAAGGCGAGUGCCGUGGGUUUUAACUCUGGGUUGGCACAUCAAAGGGCAACAAUGUAAUAUAGAACGGCCGUCUUUAUGAUAAACGUACGUAGCAAUAUGCUAGUUAAGCAAUAUCCUUUUGGGUACACGGCCGUAGGCCUUCCUGUUAAUUCCCGAAGCUGAUUGAUGUUGCUUGACUCAGUACCUGUUGGUAAAACUGAGAGCCGGUCCACUUAAU